AUGCGAUCCCGCACAGGCUGUUUGACGUGUCGCACUCGGAAACUGAAAUGUGAUGAGCGAAAGCCUGUGUGCUCUCAAUGUCGCAAGGGCGGCAGAGAGUGUCGCCCCAGCGAAGGGGUCAUCUUUCGUCAUCAGCAGAAUGCCUCCAUGAACAAGGAUCUCGACGGCGCCCCCGAUGGUCGUGGAAAUUUGAACGGGUUUUACUCGUAUAAGAAUACCUUUGACAAGGACAGUGUUUGGCUGGAUAUUCCAAAACACGUUAUCUUCGUCGACAACUCCGAUCCUUAUGCUGAAGACCUUGAGGCUGCACUGGGAGAGUCUGAGGCCGCGAUCCUCGCUGCGAAUUCACAAAACUCUGCGUGGGAUGCUGGACGGACAUCCUCAGCCCAGAGAGACCUUCAUGGCCUCGAAGCGCUUUCAGCUGUCGCGACACAUGACCCCUUGUCGUACCCUGCAUUGGCUGCCGACCAACAGUCCAUUUCGACGCCAGACAGCAUCAACUCGUUUAAUAAUAUUCCGACAGGAGUACCAGCACCCCCUCCGAACCAACUAUCCCGCGCCAUCUCAUCCCAAUCCUCACCGUCCAUUUCGAUUCCCUCCGAUAAUGGCAACAAUACCACGAUAAAUUUCCUCCUCAAUCCAUCCCAAUCACUCUCGCCUCCGAUCGAUCCCACCACUCGACAUACCCCCGAGGGCAGGGGCUCUGCAUUAAUGCGUAGGCCUGCGGAACACAAGCUCGACCGGGCUGCGGAGACGGACCGGGAAAUAUCGUUUCUCCUCCGACACUUUUCAGAGGUCCCAGGGCUUUGGAUGGACCUGUAUGACCUAGGCACGUAUUUUGCGUCAUAUGUUCCAGUCAGAGCACUCCAAAACCCGUUGUUAAAGUACGCCGCAUGCGCAUACGCUGCAAAGCAACUCGGCCAUAUCAAGAUCCCAAAGCCUGCGGUUGGUGGUGUUUUCCUGCACCAAGCUUUCCCGCAGGACCCGAAGAAGAUCGAUUGGAGUUGGAACGGGGCCAAGUAUUAUGAGAAGGCCAUCCAACUUCUCAUGAAGGAGUUGGAGCCUGAUGAUGGAUCCCCGUCCGCAAGCACUGCUGAAGCGUUCGGAGGUGCGUCGGGUGAUCUGCGCGAUGACCCCGAUGGGAAGCGCAGUCGGCAUAGAGAAAAUCGACUUUCAAAUGGGGCCCACUCAGACGAGAUUCUCGCGGCCACGGCCAUUUUGUCCGUAUACGAGUUUCUGGAUGCCACUGGACCAGCAUGGAAUCGCCAUCUAAGCGGUGUGAAAUCCUUACUGGAUCUGGCUGAGGUUGGGAUGCGCCCUCUUCAGCCUUGUCUUUCGCCAGGAGAGCUUUCGUUGCAACGUCCGAAGAGGCUUCGGCUUUCCAAGGCCCGAAAGGCGAUCUUUUGGAAUUUUGCUCGACAGGACUAUUUAGCUGCAUUCAUCAAUGAAACCCGCACCAGGUUAAAUACCGAGGAUCUGGCCCUGUGGACUGAAGCUGGCAUUAAAAUUGAUAAUAUGGGCUUCGUCCGUGCUAGCAACACGAAUGCAACUGGAUAUCCUGAAGGGGAAGAUGUCAUGAAGGAAGACCUUAUCUCAAACGCCCUUGUUUGGAUUCUUUCGAAGAUCGUCAAUUUCGUAAACACGAACGGCGGGCCACAGCUAAGUCAUCCAGGUGCGGUCAAUGCAGGCCCUCUAGGCGUUUCCGAGCAGGCCGCCGUUGAGCGAUGGUACCGCCUAGAGGCUGAACUGGACGUCUGGUACAACGGGCUCCCGGAUUCAUUCCACCCAUGCGCUAGAAUCGGGCCACCUCAAUCUGCAAACCAGCAUGGUGGCGACGCCGAGGAUGCCUCUGCGUUGACAGAGAUAUGGUACAGCCUCCACAUGUGUUCAUCCGCUAUGCAACACUACCAUAUGGCCCGUAUCUUGCUUCUUAUCAACAAGCCGCACGAGUCUACCGCGCGACGGGGUACGAUCACAAAUCGACUCAGCUCGUAUCGAUCAAUUGAGAGUGACAUCCGCUUCCAUGGCCGGGAAAUUGUGGGAAUCGCCAUGGCUUGCCCCGCAGGCUCCGCUCGCAUCAACUCUCUCCAGCCGUUGUUCGUCAGUGGUCAAUGUCUUAUCGAGUCUCGUGAGCGACGGAUGGUUCUGCGGAUGCUCCGAGACAUCGAAGCAGAGCUAGGCUGGGCAACUGAAUACCGCGUCCAGCAACUGCUCAGGGAGUGGGGUUGGGAAGAGACAGCAGCGGACGCUCCAGGGAAUUCCUAA